AUGGUUCUGGUGACGCAUGAGGAGCCCGACCUCGCAUGGCCGCCGUCGUCGGAGAAAGCGUGCCGAUCGCGUGGCGCCCAUCUUUUCGACUUAUUGGCCGCCACGGCAGCACUGGCCGCUGAGAUGGAGCUGGGAGAGCCGGUGAUAGAGGUCAGAGUGUUGGAGCCGCGAGGAGACGAGCUCGCCGCUGCUGAGUCCCGCGCGCAGGAAAUGGCGGAUGUUCAGCCCGCACGCGCCGCCGCCAUUUUGGUGGACGGGUGGGACGGGGUUCCCGCCAAAAUAGACCUCCCGCCAAAACUGCGGUCCGAACGGCUCGCAAUGGUGGCUGUGUGCGCAGGGCCCUCCGAGAUGGCGGGAGCACCCAAAGGCGCCGAGCCUCUGCAAGUCUACGCGUCUCUCGAUGGCAACCGAUGGAGGAAGGACGAUGCAGGGCGAAAAAAACGGCGAGUCUUCCAGAAAGGGACCUUCUCUCAUCCAAGGAGCACCCCAGUCGUCUGCGAGAGGAUGCGAGCACCUGACACCCUCGACGUCACCUGUUGCGCCGACCAGAAGUGGCCUUCAGUGAGCUCCUUCGACGUGGUCCCAUCAGUGAGCGCCUCCGACACGGAGGAGGGCUGCCCCACGUGCAAGGCGUCGCUGCUCGUGGUGAAGGAGGCGGCCGAGGCGCUGUCGGCGGGGCCCGCGGAGCGCCGCGUGGCCGUGUGGAGGCACCGCGGGGGGAGCCCCGCCUUCGGCCUCGACGCCGAGUGGAAGUUCCCGAGCCUCGUCCUCUUCGCCGCUUCCACGCCCGUGAUGUACCAGGGCGCGUUCGUGGCGCAGGCCGUGGUGGACUGGGUGGAGGAGUCGCGGGGGGCGCGACUCGAGCGACUCCACGGGGCCAACUUCGAGAACUCGACUCGAAACCAGCAGAAGGGCGCGCCGGCCACGUGGCUCGUGAUGUUCUACGAGCCGUCAUGUGACGAGGUGCGGCCCUUGGUGCCCGUGAUGGGAGCCGUGGCGGCCAAGGCGCGCAGCGAGGCGCGGGUGGGGGUGGUGGACAUGGACUCGGAGACCACAGAGGGACUGGUCAAGCGCUUCGGGGUCAAGCGGGGCUGCUUCCCCACCAUCAUCCUGAUCAAGCAGGAGGAGGUGAAGCUAAAGUACCACAGGAGCGAGCGCAUCGUGGAGUCCGGCAGCAGCCUGGCCAAGGGAGUGAUGUACACGUUCAACCUGGAGAAGCACGAGGUGACCUUCGACUCGCUCAUGUUCUUCCUCACCGAGGGCUUCCAGGCCGAGGAGGGGGAGGAGGUGCCCCCCCCGUGGAGCCCCCUGGACGAGGUGAUUGACCAGAUAGCGUCCAAGUGCAAGAGUAUGUUCCUGGAGGACGGCGUGUGCGUGCUGGACGACAGCGAGGUCGAGCGGCUACAGUUCAAGGAGCCCGGCCGGCAGAAGUACCUCACCACCAACAUCCAGCCCCAGGGGGGGCGCGUGGUGGCCAUCGUGCUCGUGCUGGUGGCCAUGUUCGCCUGCCUGGGCCUCGCCUACGUCAAGCUCAAGUCGUGGGGGGUCCUGGGCUCCUGGAAACUCGAGUGAUGCGGUG